GCGCUCAUUUCACGACGUUCGUAUGGCUUGAUUUCAUCCUGGUACUGUGUUGAUUAUCCUUUUAUUGGUACGUGGACGUCGGGUUCUGUAUCACCUGUAUAGUUUCAACUUCGCACAACUAAAGUACAGCGCAUUCGGAGGCAUCUCCAGAUAAUCUGACUUAUUGCACACUGAUCCAUUAGGAAUUCUCCCUGGGUGCUAACAAUCUAUGCAUCUCCCGCCAUGGCCGCGGCGAAUCCCUCAGCGAGGGCAGGCACACUUCUGCUCUUCAGGCACGUCUUUCAUAACUUGGUCAACGUGCUGGCCACAUCCCUUCCACGAAAUCUUGCCGCACUUGUCGCACUUCACUUGGUAGCACGCGUUGGCAGGAGCUGCGUCGGUUUGGACGGCCAUGAGGGUGAUCAAUGAAUACGAUUUGCUGUGCGCACGACGACUGAGAGUUCUCGGAGAGUUCUC